AUGGACAACACAUCACUUGAGCAGGUUGAUGUGCAUUCGGCCGUGCAUCAGGAUCGCCGCUACAGCGUGGAAUCACUAAAAGAGUCUCUACAUGCUGAGCUGCUGAGCCACAUUGACCUGAGCGUCGUGUUUCUGUUACUGCUCCGGGGCGAGCUGUUCCUCUACGAACCCAAGUCUGUUAAGACUUUGUCAUCGCUUCUGGCACGAUGGCGAGGGUUAGGCGAGCAGAAGGCUUGCGGUGGUACCCCCGCUUGUGAGGGCACUGCUGCCACUCACGUUACCACUGGCGAUGGCGCUGCUGACAACACAGACAAUCGUGACAAUGGCGAUAGUGGGUCUUUUGACUUAUCGUGGUCUCCGAACAUAAAUCGGAUUCUCCACAGGGUGCGUCAGAGGUUCCACUGUCCCCGCAGGCGCGGCACGUCGGAGUGCUCGGCUAUGACCCUCUCCGAGUCGGACUACGAAUAUUGCAGCAGUUGCAUCGGCAGAGAGGCCGUGGGGAUGUUGUCAAUGCCGCCAAGGUGUGUAUGCAAAGUCAGGCAGGGCUCCGAACACAAGUACCACCGUAAACGCGCUGACACUGGCGGAGUCCCAAGCACGGCGGAUCAUGAGUCCAGUAUAGUGAAGAAUGGUAACAGUAUUACACCGGAUACUGCCAAAGGAGACAUUAUCACGGGAGUGAACGUUGGCGCUGAUAUACGGCAACCCGGUGAAAAUCAUACUGAAGCGAUGGCCGAUGGCAACGGCACCGAUGCAGCCACCGCCACAGUUGACGAUGCGGGCCGUGAUGGGGAGGCAUCAGCAAAACCAACCGGCAUUGACAAAGGAUCUGCGUCGUUGGUUAGUGCGGCUCGAAGGCUUGUGGCAAAUGCAAAGCUAGGGGGGCCCGCUACAUCCAACUACGACCACAGUGGCUGUGUGACAUGCUCCAGCGGAGGCACGUCGGCCAAGGUUGUGGCCGUCAUUAGCCCCUUCGUCGUAAAGGGAGUUAAGAAACCAGGAAAGAACUCCAGAAGAUCCAUCAAACGCUCCAGCCGUUCGGCCGGCUGCGGCGUGGGCGUGGAGUUGGACUACCACGGCAACGUGGAAAUGUACACGUCACACAACUUUCCCCUCAAUUCAUUUUUCGAAGCGGAUGUUUCUGGAAAAUACAGCGUUCAUCAACCGGUUGUUACAGAUAGUGGGGAGGCACCAAACACCGUCGCAGAUGCCAUAUUUGACGUCGUGGAAGCCAUCCUUUGCCCCGAUACGGAUGCCGCUCCGACAUUUUCAAAAAACGCCAACAUAGUGGCUCAUAUGCUACAUCAGAAGUUGGCGGAAACUUAUGCGGGUGAGUCGAGCCCCAGCCACCCCGAUGACGCGGAACCCAACGGAGCAGGGGAAUCAGGAGCGAUGUUAGGCAGAGCAUCCCGAGAACUAAUGGAUCUAUCAGAACAAGGCGCAUUUACCAGCGAUGUAGAGUCAAAACUGUUGAAAGAACAGGGGGACCUUGUCGGGAAGGUGGGCAGUUUGGUGCCAUUUCCGACGACAUAUUGGCUUACCGACCCCGAGCUCGUAGCGCAAGUGUCGGCACUGGAAGGAGGGGGAGCCAUAAUGCACCUUCAGAGGGAAAUAGAUAUGCAUGCACACGCGUAUGAACGUGAGGGGGUACCCGAAUCCGGCAUUUUUGUGAGAAGGCUAAUAUUGGAUAAUUUGGCGUACAUCUGCCAACGUUUCGCAUUGCUGCACCCCGUCAUAUUGACAGCGCUGUAUACAAUGCUAGUGAACUCGGUCCUUUUCAGCAGAUUUUACGACAGCGACUAUGGUAGCGAGGAUGCAGUGCGCAGUUCGUACAUAUCGCUAUCGUCCACUCCAAAUGGCCAACCGGCCGAAUCGCGGCCCAAGAAUCGCUCAUCGUUGGAAAAGGCGCUCGCCAUUGUGAACACACCGAGGGUUUACGGCAUUGGCGGCAGUCGGAGCUUCGUGCACAUCAAGUGUCUACACACCAACCUGGCCUUCGAACUGGCAGAGGGAUGUGCCCUUGGCAGCCUGGUGUUUGAAGCCCUGGCGGAUCGCACAUCGCAGUAUAUAUAA